ACCAGCUGCCUGUCUCUCCAGUCCACAGUUGUCAUUAACUGCCACUCUAACGGUAUCUGACUGAGGAAACACAGCACGUUUCGAGCUAUAAAGUUACUUUAAAGUGAAACAUCUAGCGUCGUUCUUUACACCAGCGUUGACCAACGUCCCAGAUAUGGUGUUAAAGUCGGAAGACGGAGUUGUGCCUGAUGAUCUCAGUCCAGAGGAGAGACAGGAGCUGGAAAGCAUCCGCCGCAGAAAACAGGAGCUACUGCAGGGCAUACAAAGGCUAAAGGAUGAGAUAGCAGAGGUGACCAAUGAGAUUGAACACCUGGGCCUGACUGAAGAGAGGAAAAGCAUGCAGAGGAAUAAACAGAUGGCCAUGGGCCGAAAGAAGUUCAACAUGGACCCCAAGAAGGGGAUUCGCUUCUUGAUUGACAGCUCCCUGCUGAAGAACACCAGCGAUGACAUCGCCCAGUUCUACAAGGGCGAGGGGCUUAAUAAGACCGCUAUCGGCGACUACUUAGGCGAGAGAGAUGACUUCAACAUCGAGGUUCUACACGCCUUCCUGGAGUUACACGAGUUCACAGACUUGCACCUGGUUCAGGCUCUCAGGCAGUUCCUGUGGAGCUUCCGGCUGCCCGGUGAGGCUCAGAUCGACCGCAUGAUGGAGGCGUUCGCCCUGCGAUACUGUCGCUGUAACCACUCUCUGUCUUCUUUUACAGAUACCUGCUAUGUGUUGUCGUUCGCUGUGAUCAUGUUGAACACGAGUCUACACAACCCCAACGUGAAGGACAAACCCUCCGUUCAGAGAUUCACAGCGAUGAACAGAGGCAUCAAUGACGGUGGAGACCUACCAGAGGAGCUGCUCAGAAACCUGUACGAUAGCAUCAAGAACGAACCCUUUAAGAUCCCAGAGGACGACGGAAACGACCUCACACACACCUUCUUCAACCCCGACAGAGAAGGAUGGCUUCUCUCCUCAGGUGGACGGGUUAAGACCUGGAAGAGACGCUGGUUUAUCCUGACAGAUAACUGCCUCUACUACUUUGAAUACACGACUGACAAAGAACCCAGAGGAAUUAUUCCACUGGAAAAUCUGAACAUCAGGGAGGUCGACGACUCCAAGAAACCGAACUGCUUCGAGCUCUUCAUCUCGGCCCACAAAGAUCAGGUGAUCAAAGCCUGCAAGACGGAGGCCGAUGGACGCGUCGUCGAGGGAAACCACACUUUUUACAGGAUCUCCGCCCCGACCGCCGAGGAGAAGGACGAAUGGAUAGACAGCAUCAAAGCCGCCAUCAGCAAAGACCCGUUCUACGAGAUGCUGGCUGCUCGCAAGAAGAAGGUCUCGUCUCUGAAGGGGCUGUAGAGCUGCGGAGGAUUACAUCGACUGGAUGUGGACCCGAUUCCUCCGCUGCAGUGACGCUUGGAUUCAGCUCUUAAAGAAGCUCUUCCUUUGUCUUUUUUGAACCGUCGGUACCGACGGCUCGUUCUCUCUGCAGGAUUGCCCUCCCGUUUACAGUUUAAUUUCCCACCUCGAGAUGAAAUGAUUCAGUCGUAGAUCUUUUUAUUUUAUUUUGUAUGCUCUUUUUGAACUCUACUUCUGCAGCGUCGAAGCUGUUCCCUCUGGUUAGCACUCUUACAGUCUGCUGUCCGGUUCCCCUCAGCCAGGCGGUUCGGUCUCUACAGCUCCUCAAACAGGAGAUGCUGUCAGUCAGAAUUUAUUUUAUUCAUGGUUGAACACGAGGUGAUGGGAAAAAAAGACUGACUGUUUGAUAACCUUUCUACACCUUUUUUUUUUUUUUUGAAAGACCCAUUACAUAACAGGAGGAGGAAGAUGGGAACAGCUAAUGAUGAAUCGCAUGGUACAUUAAUGGGAUUCAGAAAACACAGAAAAUAUCAGCUGGAAAACAAGUUUCAUCCUGGACGCUGGACUUUUUUGUUGUAUUGUCUGAUUUAAAAAAAACCCAAAAAAAACUAUUUUCUAAGCCUGUUUUCUUACUGCUGUUGGUCUUUUGUCAAAGCACUGUUAAUGAAAAUGAAGGUGAUGCAUAAAUAGCUAAGUAUUUAUUUCCAGAUUUCUUGUAAUUUAUUGUUUUGAGUUGUCUCAUUAAAGUUUGCAAACCAACAUUUAACUCCGAAAUAAAAGUCAAUGAAGACAAA